AUGCCGUCGGUUUCGAAAACGGCGGCCAAUGCGUCUCCUCAAACCGAGAAACCUACCCACUAUACAUACUUGAAGGAGUUUAGGACAGAGCAGUGCCCGUUGUUCCUCCAGCACAAGUGUACGCAGCACAGACCCUUUACGUGCUUUCAUUGGCAUUUUCUAAACCAGCGGCGGAGAAGACCCAUCAGGAGAAGAGACGGGACUUUUAACUACAGCCCCGACGUGUACUGCACGAAAUACGACGAGACCACAGGCAUCUGCCCAGAUGGAGAUGACUGUCCUUAUUUACACCGGACCACUGGUGACACAGAGCGCAAGUACCAUCUACGCUAUUACAAGACUGGGACUUGUAUCCAUGAGACAGAUGCUCGAGGGCAUUGUGUGAAGAAUGGCCUCCACUGUGCUUUUGCUCACGGGCCACAUGAUCUCCGACCUCCAGUCUAUGAUAUCAGAGAGAUCCAAGCACAAGAGGCCCUUCAAAAUGGACAGUUGGGAUCUGGGGAAGGUAUUCCUGACCUGCAGCCUGGUGUGUUAGCCAGCCAAGCCAUGAUAGAGAAAACACUGACAGAAGACCCCCGGUGGCAAGACACCAACUUUGUUUUAGCCAACUAUAAAACAGAUCAGUGUACUAAGCCACCGAGACUAUGCAGACAGGGCUACGCUUGCCCCCACUACCACAACAGUAGAGAUCGAAGAAGAAAUCCUAGAAAGUUCAAAUAUAGGUCAACUCCUUGCCCUAAUGUAAAACAUGGGGAUGAAUGGGGCGAACCCUCUAAGUGUGACAGUGGAGACAGUUGCCAGUAUUGUCACUCUCGCACUGAACAGCAGUUUCACCCAGAGAUCUACAAAUCUACCAAAUGCAAUGAUAUGCGACAAACUGGAUACUGUCCCAGGGGACCGUUUUGUGCAUUUGCACAUGUAGAAAGAAUUCCCUCUACAGAGGAGACCAUGAGCUCACUGCUGACAGUGAUACAGUCAAGUUCGCAGUCCCAGCUGGGCUCUCAGCAGUAUUCAGAGUGUCCCGUCAGUGAGUGGAACAGUGGAGGAAACUCCACCACCAGUGCAACCAGUAGCAAUGGACAAGUAGGAAGUGUUUCAUGUUCUAAUAGCUCAACUGUAACUCCAAGCUCAGGAAGCGACAGUUUGUUAUCCCCAUUGGGAUCCAUCAGCAGGCCCAAAUCCUUAACUAAUAGUAGUUUAUGUUCAGAGUCCAUCACAUCCAGUGUCUCAUCUCUGACGUCUAACUAUCCUAAAGCUCCGGGCUUUGAACGAGAGGAUCAGAUUAAGAACAAGGGGCAGGGGGAUCAGAAAUUGAUGGACCAAGAAAAACAGACACAAAAUACUGUAUUCUCUGUGGUGAAUCCUUUGGCAUCAAGCUUUACCUCCAGUAUAACAUCCAGCUUGGCCUCUAGUAUUGGCUCAGAUAGCUCUUCACCAACCACCUUAUCAACAAUGAAUGCAAAAGCCACUCCUUUCUACCCAGGGAGCAACACAGUGGAGUCUGUCAUAGGAUCCGCUCUGGACCUCAACUUUAGUGACAUUAAUGUUGCAUCUCUUGAUAAGGAGUUAGAGGAGCAAGAUAACAGUGUAGGACUGGCAAGUCAAAGGGUGCUAGGUGGAUCUGCUCCAGUGAACAUUCCUGGCUCCCUGGCACGAUCGUCAUCUUUCAAUUCCUCGUCAUCUCUCUCCACCUCCCCGCUAAGCUCCCUCUCCCAGUCUCUGUCGCAGUCCCUGCUGUCUGGGACGGUAUCGCAGCAAAAUCAACCUUCAAACAUGUUAGCCAAGCAAGAGCAUGGCCUCCUGGGAACACCCACCUCCUCCUCACAGAAUUCUUUGGGCUUGAAUGGAGGGGCUAGCAGCAUUUGGGACUUUGUAAGUGGCAGCUUUUCACCGAGUCCAUCUCCAGUUUUCAGCAGCCUAACCUCCACAACCAGCAGUGCUGAUCUGGCCCGUCUUUUUAGAGAUCUGGACGAGGCCAAGAGGAAGAUCAAACAAUGGGAGGAGGCCUGGCAUCAAGUCAAACAAGCUUGUGAAGCUUGCCAGAAAGACGCCCACGAAGCGAAGGAACAAGCAAAAACGGCCGAGGCGGAGCGUCAGCUGGCGGAACAGAAAUGGGAGGAAACAGAGCGCAAGCUGAAAGAGCUGCAAGGGGACUUUGAUGUUCUUUGUCGCACCCCUGGAACACCUCUUCUACGGAGCUACGGAGAGCUGGACCAGCUCCCUUUGUCAAAGCUUCACUCCAUCCAGAGUCAGCUACGUAAUGACCUAGACCUUAUAGACGGGGUAAUAUAUCAGCUUCAGUCAAAGAAAUGUAUAGUUUGCCAAAAGCAUGAUCGUUGCAUUGUUCUGCAGCCUUGCCAACAUUAUGUACUAUGUGAGAACUGUGUACCUAGUAAAACAGAAUGUCCCUACUGUAGAACCAAGAUAUUGAAGUGGUGAUGUACAAUUACUCGAGGUACUAUUUAAAGAAUUAGCCCUUUGGAAAAACUACUAAUAGAUUUUACAUUUUCUAAAUAGCAAUGUCUGUUUCAUCCAGUGAUUGAAUUAAUUGAGAAUCCAAUGAUGUUUGACUGACAAAACAAAUUGUAUUAUAAAUCAGAUUGUGUACAGGGGACUUAAUCAUUACGGUUUUUGCUCAUUUUAUGUGCACAUUACCUCGCUCAGCCAGAUAGCUUUCUGAAUGAAAAGCCAUGCGCUCAAAUUAGAAUAUUAAAUUGCAUCAAAUCUUCAGUCAUGAUUAAGACAUAAAUCUUGCGUCCAGAUAUCUACAUUUUGUUUACUUUUUCAGGAAUACAUUUCGGUUAAACACAAAAUGCAGGCGUGCUUCAUCCAAUGCAAACGUGCAUUGCCAACCUGACAUAUUGCUCUUACAGUAAAUACAAAAAUUGUUGUUGUUUUUUUUUUAAAUGCAAACAGCACCAAUAAACUUGGUUAAAAGCUGUAUACACAUAGGCAUUAAGGACUGUGUUUGUAUUUCUGCCCUCGUGUUUUGCUGUUAUGGACUGGAAAUACGUCACUGCACUUUGGAAUUAUUGUGGAUACAUCUGCUAUUUUUAACUAAUGCACUUAAAGUCCACCCUGAGCAAAACUGAAGGCAUUUCUUCCCCAACCUUUCAGGAAAAUACUGUGGAAAUAUGUGUCGAGUCAGAAGCUUUUAAUAAAUCUGUUACAUCAAAUAUUAUUCUAUUUGAAGAAAUAAAUGUAAUAAAGAAUAAAUACUCACUUUAAACUUAUUAUAACUUCACAGAAAAUUUUCUAGUUUUAAAUACAAAAAAAAAUUCUGUAUGUCCUUCUUACAUGCAAUUCUUAAGGUCAUUUUUUAGUUGCUGGUGGCAGGAAAAGUUUGAUUAACAAAGUAUCCUUAGUAAUAAUGUCAAGUGGGAGUUGCCCCAUAGCCUGCUGACCUCCGAAGGGGAAUUUGAAAAUGGACAUUUCCCUGUUAUGGAUCAAAACAAUCCCACACAUUCAAACAGAAAUAUAGACAAAGCUAUGGUUGGUGUUUUAUCACUUAGUGCCACAGGCAUUUCAGGUUCAAAUGCAAAGAAAUCACUGUGUAAAUGUUGGAAAUAUACUGCCAGGAAAUGUUGAGUUCACCCAAACUCAACAAGCCAGGUGAUGUUAAACAUAAAAUGGGCAAAACUCACAGCUGAUUUUUCUUUAAUUAAAGAGGAACACACUUAAAUCAGACAAUUCACCGGGGAGCUUUUGGAAGCAAAUCAAGAAACCAGACAUCCAAGAACACUGAAUGUGACUGAUACUUAAUUAGGAAAUCAUAUUUUUGUUUUAACCUAAUUAGUUUGAAAUUCCAGAAAAAAAAAUGUGGGUGCUCUCUUUACAGAGCACGGAGCUGCCAGAAAUGAUGUGUGAAAUGGGUCACAGAUCAACUUCAUUGUGCCAGAAAGCAUUUGAAUCUUUAGAAGCUCCAUGCUCUGAGGAAUUAAUACACAUUUGCAUUCAACACUGUGGUGAGAAUAUGGUGAAAAAUAGUUAUCUUUGGUCAAAGUAUAUCCAACAAUAGAGACUGGAUGUGCAGAUUUGUAAAAUAUUUCAGAUCCAGUGAGGUAUUAGUGCUGAACCACAUCUGCAUUUGUAAGUCAGACUAACUAAGGAAACAACAAAACACACAUUUGUGUUCCCCUUUAAGUAAAGCCACCGUUCUAUAACAUUUUUUUCAAUGCAACCAGUCAAACAUCAUUAUUUUGACCAACUUUGAAGAAGUUUGAUUUCUUAUUAAAGCACUUUGUUGAACUGGGACUUUAUAAAGGGUAUAUAGUUUUUUUUUGUUUUUUUUUUGUUUUUUUUUUUGCUUUA